AUGGCGAUCAUUUGUUCAUUGAUUCCACGUGAUAUACAAUAUCUUUUUGAAAAGGCAUUAAAACCUAAUGAUAAAUCUCGUGGAAGAAAUUUAUUAACUAUUUUAAACGAAUUUUGUAAAUGGUGGCAACGUUAUUUUACAGUUACAACAAAAUUUCGAGGACUUUGUACGAGAGAAUUUGAUGAUUUUGGUGUAGACGGUGUUAGAAAAGAGCAUUUAAUAAGUUCAGAAAAUAUUGAAUCCAUCGAGGCAUUUCGUAAAUGUUUUAAAGAUCGUGAAGGUAGUUGUGACAUAUCUGCUCAAUUAUUUGUUUCAGCUUUGCGUUCGUUAGGAGUUCCUGCUAGAUUAGUUAGUUCAUUGCAACCUAAAUCAUCAAGUAGAAGUGAAAAUAAAAGUCAUAACAACAAAAACAACAACAAUAAUAAGAUUGGUAAUAUUGACAAUUCGAAUGAUAAUGAUAUCAUGAGAGUAUUAGGAAUUGGUACUUAUAAACUAAGUUUACAAAACAAACAUAUUGAAGAAAAAGAAGACGAUCAUAAUCAAGAUGAGUAUAAUAAUGUCAAUAAUACCAAAAGAAAAAGAUCAACAACUGUUUAUUUUGAAGUACAUAAAAAAUGGUUUUGUGUUGAUCCUAUUCGGUUCACAGUGAAUGAACCACGUUCAAUGGAACCAGCUACUAAUGAUCAUAAUAAUGUAUUGGCUUAUGUUGUUGCUUUUGAUGAAAGUGAAUAUAUUAAAGAUGUUACACGUAGAUAUACAACUAAAUGGGGUGCAAAAACACGAAAAUUACGCGUCCCACCUACAAAGGAUGGUUACGAUUGGUGGAGUGAGACAUUAUCCUGUUUUACUUGUCCAUUUGAAACGGAACAAGAUAAAAAUGAAAAUGAAGAAUUGGCAUCAUUAGAAAUAUCUGAAAAGUUUCCAUCAUCUAUUAUACUCUUCUACAAAAAAUAA